AUGAGCCGCCUGCCCCUCACUCCCGUCGCCCAGAAGCUCCAGUUCUCCAGUGACGAGGAAGAGGAGGUCGGAGCCAAGUUCUGCGACAUCCUCCGUGUCCAGGAAAGAGGCGCCGCGUCGCCGGCGCCCCGCGGGGCGUGCGACUCGCCCUUCAGCCGUUUCCCGGUCUGCGCUCGGCUGGCUGUUCCGUCCGCGAAGAAGAGGUCGCCGCGGAGCCCCGGGGUCGGCCUGGCUGUGAGGAGUGAGCGCCCCGACUCACCCGUUCAUUGUAUGAACUGGAGGAAACUGCGACUCUGUGACACUCCCUACACUCCCAAAAGCCUGUUUUCCAAAGCUGGACAGAUCUCAACUGCCAAUAAAGGGCCUAUCUCACGGAUUCGUCGACCCUUGGGCUUUGCUACCAGCUCUGAGCCCCACUGGGUUCCAACAGUGAACGUAAACCCCUUCACGCCAACUCUGUACCACGAGCUGGGCCUUGCACAUAGCACGAAGAAUGAGAGAACGGGAAAGAGGCGGAAGAGAAUUGAAGAAAAAGGCAGGAAACAUGCUGAGAUGAUGGAUGAAGACAAUGAAGAGGUUUUGUGGCCAUCAGAGAAGCUAAACAUCUGUGAGAACAUGGGUUCCCGCUAUGCGACAGAAUUUUAUGAGUUGGAGAAGAUUGGGAGUGGAGAAUUUGGGGCGGUGUUUAAAUGUGUGAAGAGACUCGAUGGCUGCCUAUAUGCCAUUAAACGGCUGAAGAGACCAAUGUCCGGCUCAGUGGAUGAGCAGUCUGCGCUCCGCGAGGUGUACGCACAUGCUGUGCUAGGACAUCAUCCCCACGUGGUGCGUUACUAUUCGGCCUGGGCGGAGGACGACCACAUGCUGAUCCAGAAUGAGUAUUGUAACGGGGGCAGUUUGGCAGACAUGCUGAUGGUGAACUUACUGGAGGGGAUACUGCUGACUGAGGGAGAGCUGAAAGAGAUCCUAUUGCAAGUGUCAAUGGGGCUGAAGUACAUUCACAGCUCCAGUCUGGUUCAUAUGGAUGUCAAGCCAAGCAACAUCUUUAUUUGCCGGAGAGUGACACCUGAAGUGAUUGCUGGUAUGGAAGAAGAGAGUGACACAGAUGAGGAAGGGAGUUUGGUGACCAAUGUACUGUACAAACUUGGGGACCUUGGCCAUGUAACAUCAAUCUCCAAUCCACAAGUAGAGGAAGGAGACAGCCGCUUCUUGGCAAAUGAAAUUUUGCAAGAGGACUAUUCAAACCUGCCCAAGGCUGACAUCUUUGCCCUGGGCCUGACCAUGGCCCUGGCAGCGGGAGCAGAUGAGCUCCCUCGGAAUGACAUGGCCUGGCACUACAUCAGGGAGGGCAACCUGCCUGCCAUCCCUCAACAGCUCUCGCAUGGGUUUCUCGGCCUCCUCAUGCAACUGAUCAACCCAGAUCCCAUGGAGCGACCCUCUUCCGCUGCCCUCACCCGGCACCCUGUUCUCCGGAGGAAUUCCAGCAAGGUGGCGUCACAGCUCCGGAAAGAGCUCAAUGUGGAACGUUUCCGGACAGCAAUGUUGGAGAGGGAAUUGAUGAAGGCAAGACUCUCUCAGGACUUCCUGCAGUCUGAGGUUAAACCGCUGCAUGCAGGGAAGAGACCGGUCCUCCCAGAGAACAGUCAAAGGAUGGUAGGGGGAAGAAGCAGCCGCUCGAUAAGCUUCAACUGUGGUGGAUACUGACGGCCAUUCUGUCUGGUCAAGAUGAGAACUACAGAAAACAGCAGCAACCUUGUCUUGGAUAUCCUUCACUGGUUUCCACUUGGUUAACCUGCCCAGCUGAAGGUGGGUCUAAAACCCAUGACUACUUUUCUUUAAAAGAUCUCAGCUUGCUCCUUACUGGACUCUGAAUACCAUGCACAGCUGUUGUGCAGUGAUACUAUUUUAAAUUCAGUGCUUUCUCUGUAAAUUAUUGCUUUUAAAUCCUUGUUUCUAAUCUGCCAGAGGUGGCUGUGUCAAGGUGCACACCAUUGGGCAGAUGGAGCUAUUUAACCCUUCACCUGCAGCAGGUCACUUCUUGGGCCUUGCCCUGGAGGGUAGAGGAGGCAUUAGACCUGAUGACAAUGAUCUGCUCCACUAUGAAUGUCCAUUGAUUGGGUGCAGGCUUGAUCUGAGUUUGCUUGCAAGUGUUUGUCACCUUGUGGGACUUUUCAGUAUCAGAGGAGUAUAGCAGGUCUGAGCUGUUUUAAAAGGACACUCAACCUCUGUUCAGUGAGUAUAUUAAGUUGGGGAAAAUUUCCCCGAAGCUAACUGCUGUUGGAAAAUGUUUUUAUCUAUUUAAUUUUAAUGGACGGAAUUAGAGAAUUCAAUGUCAAUUAAAGUUUUAAUUUUCA